CUCUUUGUAUUUAUUUAUUAUUUUUUUCUCUUUUAAUAAAUUACUGUUCUCAUUUCCAUUGGCAUUUCCCUUUCCAUAUGAAAAGCGAGUACCCGCUGUAGCUCACUUGAAUGAACUCGAAGUGUACACACGAACUCUCAUCUAUGUACACGAACGCUGUUUGCUUAAAGAGUUUCACACAUUCUUCGUCAGUGAUGACGGCACUAUCACAAACAAAAACCAAAUUCACCUAAAUGACGAUUAAUUCAUUAUCGACAUCACUGCUAAUACCCAAGCCACGACGCCAAACCAACGCCAAACCGAUCCCAAACAGACCAGUCCUUUACCACGGGGGCGAGGUAACUUUUUGUUCGGUCUAAUGUUGAUAUCAUCGGUGUGAUUGGGACAUUAAACACCAUUUCCAUCGCACCUUAGCUAAAUCAUUUUGAUAUUGAAAACUCUUUCGACGUUGUUCCACAUUCGUAUUUGGCGAGACCUACAGCCUUUGGAUACACCGAGUUCCUAGUAGAACGUUAACUCGGAUGCGUUUAUGCAUUAUAUCAUUUAAUAUUUCUAUAUUGAAGUAUUUUCUUUAUAAAUAGCUUGUUUGGAGAAUUUAUCGGAUUAUCUGAGCGGAUCGUGGAAUCAUGGCAUCUGGGUUGAUUUUGUCUGCAUUUAUGGUUGUCCUCCUUCUGGGGCAAUGUCGCGUAUCUUCUAAGUCACCUUCGUAUGAGGUACGAUUUUAUGGAACAAACCCAAAUGAGACAAACCGAGGAAUAAUACAGAUGCGACGAUCAUCAUCCGGAGAAACUCCAGCCUGGCAGUUCCUAGAACCCAACACCAUAGGCCUCACUGGGGCAAGACUGGUCUGUCGUCAGCUUGGCUUCCCUUAUGUCUGCAAUAAGGGUGUCGAGGUUGUGGAAAACGUCACUGCGGAUGACAUCUUCUGGUUCGAUACAAGAUGCACUGGUGACGAGCUUUCUCUUGAAGAUUGCUCCAUAAGCUUGCGACAGCAGUCUGUUCUCCAACAAGUCCCCUCAAGUACCGCAGUCCUCACAGUGACGUGUGCCUUGGAAGAUGAUAUCGGAGUGCGUCUAACGAAUAGUUCCUCUCGGGGGCAGGGCACCGUCGAGUACCGCUGUAUGGAUGACUGGCUGAACAUUUGCUUUGAUACCUGGUAUCCUGCCUCGGCAAACACACUCUGCAACCAGCUCGGCUACGGAGGAGUGGUGGAAGAUGUUCAGGUUGCCAUGCCAACAACAUCACUUGCGAAUAUCAGCUUCUACUGCUCAACCCUGACACAGAAUGAUCACAUUUUCGACUGUCUGAUGGCAGAAGAGAGUUGUAUUUCGGGAAACGCAGCAUCUGUAACCUGUGGGCUAGAAAUCACCGCUGAAAAGAGAAAGGUCACCCUCUGCAAUUCUGCGAUGACGUGCAAAGGAAACUGUGGUAAUGCAACAAUGGCUUGGUGUCGGUGCGACAACGCAUGUCAUCUUUAUAACGAUUGCUGUUAUGACUUCACCGAGGAAUGCGGUCAAGAAGGGUUAAAUCAGAUCCAAAGCACUACCUCCGAUUUAUCAUUAUAUUCUUGUCAGAAGCCACUCGGAGGAUUGAGUAAUGUCUACCAACGAGCCGAAUGGUUUUAUUUUAUCAAGAAAUGCCCAACAUCCACGCAGGAAACGCUUAGAGAUUUGUGCGAAGGUUCGAGUUCGGAAGAUGACGUUCUUCGUAACUUGCCCGUAUACGACCAAGAAGGUGACGUCUUUUACAACGUAUUCUGUGCUGUAUGUCAUGGACGGAAUCUAAAGAACCUCACUGCCUGGAGGGUGGAGGCCGAACCGGAGGAAAAUUUCAACACCAACGAAAUGCAAGUGUAUUAUGUUGUACUCCCGCCGUGGGAUGAGCUAGGCACAACAAGACCAUGCUAUGCUGAAGGGUUGGUAACGGACUAUUGCCCUGCUGCGUUUACUGGAUCACAGUUAGAAAAGGCAUGCCAUGACUACCAGGCGCCGGUUGUGCAUCUUGGUGGUGUUGCCUAUCGCAACCCGCAUUGUGCUCAGUGUCAUAGCAAACGUAUCAACGAGCUUCCAAUCGAGUCUUGUACAGGAUGCCGGUGUCAGGAGCCAUUUUGCUUCUUGAUAUGUCCGGAUGGUCGAACGGGAAGACUCGCGUCGGUGACUCUCCUUUUUGACUUUUUCACUUCCGAUGAGGUCCAAUGUACUGGACUAGGAGAAAUAUAUGACAUGUUCCUCGAGAGAUGCCGCGUUCUUGUGUGUCCACCUGGCACAAGGUUCUUGGUAGAUUCUUGCGUAUCCAUGGAGUCCGAGCCAGAAGAUCCUGCCUUGCAAUCCACAAUGAGUUGUCUGACAUCUGCAAUUGCGUCAAGUUUAACCGAAGUAGCUGAAAUCAUCCUUGAUCACAAUGUAACCUCGAAUGUGAAUUCGGCUGUCAUUUUCGCUGAAAAUGUGAAUGACGUGCAAUCUGUUGCCUUGACCCUAGGUGCGAUUGUUGAAUAUUCAAACGAAGUUCAUCAGGUGAUGUGCAAUCUUAGUAACAUCAUGCUCAUUGCCCCUCCUCCUUUCAAUGAUACAGUACCAGACGUUUGCAGAGAAGAUGCUGUUGCACCUACAGUAGCAGAUGCCGCCUUUAGGGCAGACAUAGACAGUGCAUGGGAUCUAAAUAGAACACUCUUGAUGUUCAACGAAUAUAAUUUCAUGAGUAACACUUCAUCCUACGUAAGCAGCCAGCCUUCAGGCAAGUGUUGGUUCGCACUCUUAAAUACCCUUAUUUGUGAGCUACAAGUUGUUCCGGAGGAGAAAUUUGCGAUUGAUGGAAACGUAGCUGUUCAUAUUCCAUCUGGUGCAAAAUUGACAUUAGAUGAAUACUUUCUUUUGCUUAAUGGCAGUUACGUCGUAUGUGCUGGGAGUCUUAAUGGCUCUGUUGACAUUCAAAGCGUAAUGUAUCUUGUUGGUGCUAGCAUGUCCAUCCUGUGUCUCAUUGCAACAUUGAUCACUUAUACUGUCCUGCCGAAGCUUAGAAACGUGGCUGGUAAGUGCCUGAUGAAUGUCGCAUCGGCGCUACUAGGAGCAAACCUCAUCUUCGUCCUGAACCCCUUGUUGAGUUACAACCCUAUCUUCUGUUCAAUCAUGGCCGCUGUGGCUCACUUCUUCUGGCUUGGCUGCUUCAGUUGGAUGAACGUCGCUGGCUUCAAUAUGGCACGCACGUUCGGAUGGAUUGGUUCAGGAUCAUCCAUCCAAUCUACCAGAAGCUGUUCUAAAGGGAUACUGGUGUCUUAUAUCCUCUACGGCUGGGGUGCGCCUUUGGCCAUUGUUGCCGUCGGGAUCUGUUUCCACCUUUGCCAAUGCACCGGGCUGAGUUUCCAAUACGGAGGGCCGUUGACCUGUUGGAUUGAAGGGGAGCGUAGAGCCAUGAUGUAUGCCGUCGGUAUACCUAUUUACAGUUCCAUCUUGCUUAACGUCUUACUGCUAGCCUACACUGCUGUGUCUCUCAUCAGACAUCGGAGGGAGGGAAGGUCUUUAAGAGCAAAUCAGACGUUCAUCUUCAAGGAAAACCUAAUGAUUGUUGCAAAGCUUUCGGUCGUCCUCGGAACAUCGUGGACGUUCGGCGUCGUCUACAGUUUCACCGAGGACGGCGUUGUGAUGUACAUCUUCGUCACACUUGCCUCACUACAGGGGGUCCUUCUCUUUGUCUUCUUCGGACUCACCAAGCGAAUCCGACGGAUGUGGAGGGCGAAGUUCAGGCCGAGUGUCGGCGAUGUCACCGCCUACACCGUCAAGGCGGCCUCUUCCCAAUGGCGUGACUCGACUGCCGGCUUACCGACUGGGGCAACCCCACAGUAGAUAGGGUCCAGUUUAAACAUGCGCUUUUUUAUUUAUUUCAUUGCAACACCAACAGAUAAACAACACGAUGGCACAGCCUUUCGAAAUAUCAACCUAAAGGCAAUUGUAGUAUAGCCUAGUUCGUCACCUGUUCAGAUAUGCUAACAUUAGGCCUACCAUGACACAUUACGUAAUCCGAACAUGACUUGAUAUCGUACUUGAGUUAAUUUCCCGAAAGCCUUUACGAAUGUGUUGAUAUUAGAUAUAUAGACUUUUGUUUUCCUUAAAGCUUAUCUGUACUAAUUAAUAGGGGAUUAGAACACACUGCAAGGUCACUGGACAGGUGGUUAUCUCAUCAACUCGAUUCAAUUAGCAUAAGAAAAAGAGGA